CCACCCACGCCACCCGGGCCACCCGCGCCACCCGCGCCACCCGCGCCACCCGCGCCACCCACGCCACCCGCGCCACCCGCGCCACCCGCUCCACCCACGCCACCCGCUCCACCCACGCCACCCGGUCAACCCGCGCCACCCACGCCACCCGGUCAACCCGCGCCACCCACGCUACCCGGGCCACCCGCGCCACCCGCUCCACCCACGCCACCCGCUCCACCCACGCCACCCGCUCCACCCACGCCACCCGCGCCACCCACGCCACCCGCGCCACCCGCGCCACCCGCUCCACCCACGCCACCCGCUCCACCCACGCCACCCGCUCCACCCACGCCACCCGGUCAACCCGCGCCACCCACGCCACCCGGUCAACCCGCGCCACCCACGCUACCCGGGCCACCCGCGCCACCCGCUCCACCCACGCCACCCGCUCCACCCACGCCACCCGCUCCACCCACGCCACCCGCGCCACCCACGCCACCCGCGCCACCCGCGCCACCCGCUCCACCCACGCCACCCGCUCCACCCACGCCACCCGGUCAACCCGCGCCACCCACGCCACCCGGUCAACCCGCGCCACCCACGCUACCCGGGCCACCCGGUCAACCCGCGCCACCCACGCCACCCGGUCCACCCGGGCCACCCGCGCCACCCGCGCCACCCGCGACACCCGCUCCACCCACGCCACCCGGGCCACCCGCGCCACCCGCGCCACCCGCGCCACCCGCUCCACCCACGCCACCCGGGCCACCCGCGCCACCCGCGCCACCCGCGCCACCCGCGACACCCGCUCCACCCACGCCACCCGGGCCACCCGCGCCACCCGCGACACCCGCUCCACCCACGACACCCGCUCCACCCACGCCACCCGGGCCACCCGCGCCACCCGCGCCACCCGCGCCACCCGGACCACCCGCGCCACCCGCGCCACCCGCGACACCCGCUCCACCCACGCCACCCGGGCCACCCGCGCCACCCGCGCCACCCAUGCCCACGCCCAAGAUAGUGCUCGCGCUCACGCACCUAGAGUUUGCAGCCUAG